UCUUACAAGAUCCAAACAUUUACUCAAGAUUAGCAUUGUUCAUGAGAAAAGAGCCCAAAGCAUCAAUAAUCUUUCAGUUCAAGACAAUGAUUGCUCUUAAGCUAGCCGUAGUUGCUCUCCUUGCAGUUCAUGCCCAAAGCAUUUCUCUUCGUCAAGAUGAGGCCUGUACCAAUCAAGGCGGUUCCUGUGUGAAUUGGCAGUAUUACGUUUGUCAUGGAGGCGUUGAGACUGGUCUUUGCAAUGGCGACUCCAAUAUCCGAUGCUGUCUGCCAUGCGACGACCAAUGUCAGGCGGAUGAGGAUGAAUGGUCCCAAGGGGAUGCUGCAUGCACCGCAGAAGGUGGUGAAUGCAAAUUGGAUUCCAACUAUUGCGAUGGAGUUUAUGAGGGUGGUCUCUGUGGUGGACCCGCUGAGCGAUCCUGUUGCAAGGCUCCUAAUGGAGAUUGUCCUGCUAUCGUGAGCAGGGCAGAAUGGGGAGCUCGUGCUCCAGGAUCAACCACUUACAUGGGCAAUGGAGUGCAAUAUUUAUUCAUCCAUCAUAGUGCUGGAGCCUCCUGCAGUACCAAAUCCGAAUGCAUUGCUGAGGUCAAGGGAAUCCAAAACUACCACAUGGACUCGAACGGUUGGUCUGAAGUAGGAUACAGCUUCUUGAUUGGUGGAGACGGUAAUGUGUAUGAAGGUCGUGGCUGGAACAAGGUCGGAGCUCAAACCUAUGGGUUCAAUUCCGUUGGGUAUGGCAUUGAUUUCAUCGGCACUUUCACCUCUACAAAUCCAACCCAAGCGGCUCAAGACGCUUUCAAACAACUAGCCGAGUGCGCUGCUGCUGGAGGUUAUGUUAUUGGUGAUUAUGAGUUGAAGGGGCACAGGCAAACUGGUAGCACCGAGUGUCCCGGAAACACUUUCUACGAAACUAUCAAGAGCUAUCCUCAUUGGACCAAUGGGAAUAUUGGAAAGGACAUGACCAUGGAUGAGGAAACUCGACGAAAGUACAUGGAGUUGUAAUUCGAUACAGAAAUUUUGUCAAAUAAACAAGUCACCUCCACUGA